GACAUGACGCGUACCCUGUCGCGAUCUCGAGUUGGUGACGUCAGCACCCCUUCGAGAUCAGCUCAUCUCGAUCUCGACAAAGACGUUGUCUUUGACUUUGAAGUAGGUAAUGUUGCUUUGCUCUCUUCUGUCCCUUCGGUUUCUUCUCUCUCUCCUUCUCCUCCUGCUUGGUUUGCUGCUUUCCAGGCCAAGUUUGAGCGCCAUGAGGAGCGUUUGGCCCAACUGGAGUCCCUGGUCGCCGAGAACUCUGCUCUCAAGAAGGAGCUGGCUGCCGCCCUCCCAAGCAGGCUCAUCUGCUGCCUCUCCCUUGGCUGUGCCAUGGAGGAUGAUCUGGUUGCUGCUCCCUCUUCUUCUGUCUCGCCUUCUGCUGCUGGCUCCAAGUGGGCUCAAGUUGCCAAGAGAACCCUACGCCUGCGGAGGCCUUUGGUAAGUCCAAAAGUCCGACUCUCCUCGGUUGCCAAGGCCAAACCCAAGGCUAGGAUCACGCCUAAGCAACGCAAGGCCGCUGCCCGUAUCUUUUCGUCUCUUCUUCCUGCUGCUGCUGGUACUUGUGUAGACGGACCUCUUUAUGAGUACGUCUACUUGCCCAACAAGUACCGUGACCGUCUCUCUGCCUUCCGCCGCAAGCUGCGACUGAUCGGGCUGGAUAACAGCCGUGUACUUGAUGUGCACUAUCCGGCUCGUAACGUCGUAGCCUUGUUGAUCCAUUCGGCCUAUAAGGAGGAUCUCCUGAAGGUCAUGGCCAAGUACUCGCUUCCGGUCUUGACUGACUUUGAUCCUUUCUCUGCGGCCAACGUCAAGGAUCCUGCGUUUGCGUCUUUGGAUGCUGAUGCUCUCUCUGCCAAAGCACGCGAGUUGCAGCAAGCUCGUCUUGAACAAGUACGCUGGUUGUCGAAAGAACAAGCUGGCUCCGUGGUUGGUCCUCUCUCCGCUGUGGCUGGUAUGGAUUUUACCUUGGCCGGUGAUGGUGAACCGGUCUCCUCCUCUUAAUGAGCGAGGUACCUAUGGCUCCUUUGCUUCUAUGCCCCCUUCCUCUCCUUCUCCUAUGACUUCACCAUGACAUAUGGAAUGCUAAUGGUAUUGCUCGUCAAGCCAUUAGCACUGUACCGACUACCUCUAUGACUCUCCUCAUUUUCAUCACCGAAACCUGGCUUCUUCCUCCUCUCCGCUUCCCUACCUCUUGGCAACAGUACCACACCUAUGGUCAACCUGUUGCUGACUCUUUCCGU